AGUGUAUAAUAUUAUACUAGCAAUGACAAACCGUUACUUUCGGUUAAAGCUUAUACAUCAACACUAUCAUCCUUAGCUUCUUCUUCCAUUCCUCUCACUUACUACCUCUUACAAUAAUCCAUCUCUGUCUCUCAAACAGUACAUAGAGAGAGAGAGAGAGAGAUCAAUUCUUAUGAAGUUGCCUCCCAACUACUCUUUUUAGUCUCUUUAUCUUUAUUCUUCUUCUUCUUCUUCUACUUCUUCUAAUGCCCCCACCCUACACCCUACACCCUCUCCCCUACCAACAUUAUUUCUUCCUUUACCCCCAACUCAUGCAUGCUCCUCCUUUCACUUCAUCAAAUGAACCACCCCAAUUGCACCAUCUCAAAAACCCACCUAGAGUUAACUAGAAACACUCCAAAAGAUUGAUUCUUUUUUGCUCCACAACUUAUGGCAUCCAUUGCCACCUUCUUCAACAACUUCUUUCUCUACCUCCUCAUCCUCCUACUUCACCUAGGUUGCUUCAUCUUCACCACCACCACCAAAAAAGACGACAACCACCACGCGCCGCCGUUAAAGAAACGAAAAAUCUCGCCUUUAUCCCAACCCUCCUCCCCUUCCCACCCCAAAUUCAAAACCCACAAAGCCAUCUCCUCUUCUUGGCAUUUCAUCAAACACCUCUUCUCCACCAAGUCCUGCAAAAACCCCACCACCACCACCGCCACCGCCGCCGCCUCAUCCCCUCAAUCCACCACCACCGUCACUACCACCGUCUCCGCCGCCGCCGCAAGUUCCCUCAUUUCCUCAUCACAACCCGACCCGGAUAGAAAACAACCCGAAUCCGACAUCGGCGCCGACACGAACCUCUUCUUCCCCCUCCGCAACGACAUCUUCCCCUGCACCGCGUGCGGCGAGAUCUUCCAGAAGCCCCACCUCUUAGAAACCCACCAAACCCUCAAACACGCGGUUUCGGAUCUACCCGGAUCCGACCCGGGUCACAACAUCGUCCAAAUCAUCUUCAAAUCGGGUUGGCCCGAAUCCAAACCCUUCCCCAACGUGACCCGCGUCCUCAAGAUCCACAACAGCCCCAAGAUCCUCGCCAAGUUCGAGGAGUACCGCGAGGCCGUCAAGGCCAAGGCGGCGCGUCACGGCGCCCUCACGCGCCGCCCCGACGAGCGCUGCAUCGCCGACGGCAACGAGCUCAUGCGCUUCCACUGCUCCACCUUUCUAUGUUCCCUGGGACACAACGGGGAUUCCUCAAUUUGUUCGCAGCAAUUUUGUAACGUUUGCGGAAUAAUUAAGUCCGGAUUCUCGUCCAAGUUGGACGGAAUCGCCACGCUGUCCACCAGCUGGCGGGCCCACGUGGCGAUUCCUGAAGACUUGGAACGAGAAUUUCGCUUCAUGAAUGUGAAGCGGGCCAUGCUCGUUUGUAGGGUGAUUGCGGGUCGGGUUGGGUCGGAUUUAGACGAAGCGGAAAAAGAGGAUGGGGGUUUUGAUUCGGUGAUGGCGAGGGGAGAGAGUGGAGUUUACACCCGGCUUGAUGAGGAGGAGCUGUUGGUGUUUAAUCCUAGGGCUCUGCUUCCUUGCUUUGUGAUUGUGUAUAGUGUGUGAUGAAUGAGUAUGUAUGAUGAUGAUGAUGUCAGCUUGAUCCAACGGUCGUGAUCAUGGGUUGUAAUCUUAAUUUGGUUAAGUCUUUUGUAGUUAAGAGAUGCUUCUUUUUGCAUAAUCUGGGUUAUCGGACCCUUGUGCACGAAAUUCUGUGCAUUAAAUUGACACAUUAUAGUAUAGAAAUUGAAUGUGAUGUAUGUAAGACUGUUUUUUUUUUAGGUGAAUAUCUUUUGGUUGUGUUAG